UAUCACCCUGAAAUUUUAUUCAGAGAUGUGAAGGUAAGCAACACUAAAAAAUCACUUAUUAUUUAUCCUUUCCUGCAUACAUCAGAGAGACAAUUUCUCUGACAUACAGACGAAGAAGAAGAAGAGCUUUGUUGAAAUCAAUGAAUAAAGGUUAGUUUUUUAUAACCACAAAAAAAUACAAUUGUCUUCAGUAGUUUUUAUCUUAUAUUCAGUUUAAGAAAUAAUAAGAACAAAAAAAUAGAUAUGAUCAUCCCUUUAUUUAGGUUGUCUCAAUCCCCGGAUACAGUCACUCUGCAAAUCACAGCCAAAUACAUAAAACUGAAAGACUUAGAGUUGAUCGUUGAGGGUGAAGAGAUAUUUUUUUAUUGUAAACCGUAUCAUUUGAAAUUGCACCUACCUGGGUCUCUAGACAGUGAAAUAUUGAAUUCUAAAUACGAUGUAGACUCUGGACUCUUAACAUUCGAAAUGAGGAAAACUACACCAGGGGAGAAUUUCAAAAAUUUAGACCUCAUUACACGACUAUUAGCUCCAGUAGAAGAAAAAAAGAAAACCGAUAAGAUAUUGAUAUUGGAUGAUGAACAUAAUGUUUUGUGGGAGGAUACUCCGGAAACUUCAUUUGAAUAUGGCUUCGCCAUGAAAGGAUUAUAUGAUUUUCAUCGUGUAAUUGAUGAAUAUGGUGAUAUCAUCAAAGUUGACCCUAGAAAGAUAGAUAUAGAAGAACGUUUCAAGUUAAUGAGAUUAGAAGAAUGCCAAAAAUUUAAUGCUGAUCAUUACAUAGCUGAUUUUGUGGAAGAGGAAUCACUUAUUCAGGAACUUGUAGAUCUAGAGUCUCCUUGGAGUUCCAAAUCAAAAAGCUCUUUGGAAUUUGACGAUUCAGAAAUUGAAAUAUUGAAAAAUUUAUCUAACAAGAACUACAAUCUUUCAGAAGAACAAAGAAAAUAUUGUUACUACAGCCUCAUUGAUAUUUUAUUUGCAUAUUGCUAUGAUUCCCGAACCACAUCUUUUGAGGGAAAUUCAGAAUCCGGAUGGACUAUUCUUGAGAUAUCUGCUUCUCUUAGAUGGCUUAUUGGUUUUAAAGAUGCAAAAAGCACUCUUUUGAGCGCUUAUAGACGAAGUUUGAUAUAUCCAUUAUACCGCAAUUUUAACUUGUGCAAUAAAAUACUUUCAGAUUUGAAGACUAUUCUUGCCUUAGGAGUAAAGGGCAUUGUGAAAUGUUUUUUGGAAAUUUACAACAUUUUUCUUUCUGGCGAUGAGUGUCGCUACAUUCUAAAUGACAUUUUCAUAAAAGAUUAUUUGGUGUAUAUGGCAAAAUGGAGUGAAGAAGAGUGGAAUAAUGUAGUGAAAGAAGUUUCAGAUAUAGUGAUCGAUAAAAAGGAUUUGAAUAUGUCCCUUUAUGAGAUUGAGAGAGAUUUUUUGACUAAAGUGUUACAAGUUAAUGAAUUAGAUUCUGAUGAUGAAGUCGAAAAUGAAGAGGAAAUCACAAAGGACUUAGAAAAAAUAUUCACGGAGAAAUUAGUGUUGGUUGAAAAGGAACUUGAAUUACAGAAAAAUCCAACUUCCACAAAGUAAUGAUAAUGAUGAGUUUGUUGAUUCCUGAUUUCUAAAAUUUUCAUUGAAUAUAGAAUGCAUAUUACAGAAAAA